AUGCAAUUAUUAUCAGCAUAUAAGGAUUUGCGUAAUUAUCAACCGUGUUUAUCAUUUUUCUUAUCGUUGGGAAUGAUGUCUCACUUUUCACAAGGUUCUUAUUAUACACAUUAUAGCUCAAGUGAUCGGCAUCCUGUGCAACUAUACUUGUGGUUAUUAGGACCUAGUGGAAGUGGUAAAACAAAUGCAUUCAAACAAGUGGAAAAGGCAAUCAAUAAAACUGAAAAACUUUUCCCACUUACGUAUUUAAAACCAGUCGUUGUGAAUGGUACACCAACUGAAUCAAGUGUAUCGUCUAUCGUGACACACACCAAUCACAUCGGACUGCGGCAUCAUUUAGCAUCGAACAACAAGAUAUUGCUGAAUGAUGAUGCCGAUCUUAUUGCCGAACAAUAUGGAUUAUAUAACGCAAUGGAUAGUGGGAAAGAGCAUGAGCGAAAUUUGAUUUUGGUUGGACAUGAUGGCUUCGGCAAAUCAUUCAGGACAACCGGAACAACAAUGAUCGAAAUUGACGAUAAGCGAUUAACAAUUCUUAUUGCUACAACAGGAGUCAAACUAAUGAAAAAUUUCAAGAAUUGGAUGAAUUUCACUGCUUUUGAUGGCUCCUUCAAUAGAUUCAUCUAUAUGGGCAUACCUAAACUCACGUAUCCCAGACCUCAACAUUUUCAAAUCAAUAAUAGGUUCAACAAAAGUCCAUCGUUUGCUCAUUUAUGUGUGAUCUCGCAUCUUUUUGGAUCAGUGAGAUAUGUCUUUCAAAUGUCGGAUGAAGAGAAAUUGCAGUUUUUUGGUGGAGAAGCUGUUCAAACACCUGAGUCACAAAUUGAUAUUGAUCAAACGCAGCCACCUCAUUCUGCCUUAUAUACUGUCUGGAAUCUCGUGGCUGAUUUGAAUGAAUCUUUGAACUUGAAAGAAGAUCCGCAACGGCAAAUCAUUGAUCUUUAUGGCAAAGCGGCGGAAAACUUUNUUCAAUGCUCAUCAGAGCUUAGCACUGUUUUCAACUCAUUUUUGCUAUUUGAUUUCGAAGGAAGUGGUAAAACAAAUACAUUCAAACAAGUGGAAAAGGCAAUCAAUAAAACUGAAAAACUUUUCCCACUUACGUAUUUAAAACCAGUCGUUGUGAAUGGUACACCAACUGAAUCAAGUGUAUCGUCUAUCGUGACACACACCAAUCACAUCGGACUGCGGCAUCAUUUAGCAUCGAACAACAAGAUAUUGCUGAAUGAUGAUGCCGAUCUUAUUGCCGAACAAUAUGGAUUAUAUAACGCAAUGGAUAGUGGGAAAGAGCAUGAGCGAAAUUUGAUUUUGGUUGGACAUGAUGGAUUCGGCAAAUCAUUCAGGACAACCGGAACAACAAUGAUCGAAAUUGACGAUAAGCGAUUAACAAUUCUUAUUGCCACAACAGGAGUCAAACUAAUGAAAAAUUUCAAAAAUUGGAUGAAUUUCACUGCUUUUGAUGGCUCCUUCAAUAGAUUCAUCUAUAUGGGCAUACCUAAACUCACGUAUCCCAGACCUCAACAUUUUCAAAUCAAUAAUAGCUUCAAUAAAAGUCCAUCGUUUGCUCAUUUAUGUGUGACCUCGCAUCUUUUUGGAUCAGUGAGAUAUGUCUUUCAAAUGUCGGAUGAAGAGAAAUUGCAGUUUUUUGGUGGGGAAGCUGUUCAAACACCUGAGUCACAAACUGAUAUCGAUCAAACGCAGCCACCUCAUUCUGCCUUAUAUACUGUCUGGAAUCUCGUGGCUGAUUUGAAUGAAUCUUUGAACUUGAAAGAAGAUCCGCAACGGCAAAUCAUUGAUCUUUAUGGCAAAGCGGCGGAAAACUUUCCUCGUUUAGUGUGUUUAGUCCAGUUAUUUCUGAACUGUAUGGAAAUACUCGAACAAGUGAACAGUUUCGUUGUUUUCAGUGAAGGAGAUAGCCCGAAUUCUACCAUCAAUGAAACUUUUAUAACAAAUGUUGAAACAAUUAUUAAAAACGAUUACCACAAGUAUGAUAAAACUUAUCUUUCAAGCUUGCAGAGUAGUCAGGUGUUGGAUCCGAUGGUGAUCGUUAGUAAAGAGGCAGUGUUGAUAGGGUGGCAACUAUUUGAUUGUUAUCUCAAUAUUGCCACUAAAUUGUUCACAAUUGAUUACAACUUUGAAACCAGGUCAAAACCAGUAUCGUUUUCGGGUACAGAACGGCAGCAAACAUUGAAACAACUGAUAAUGUACUUUGACUUUAACAUUUUCCCAAUUUCAGCAAUAAGCGUAAAGCAUCCGACGACUGGUCAAACAAGUAUAAUCAAAAAUAGGCCAGCUUUGGGAGAACGUGUAGUCCAUGAUUUGAUGCAAGAUAAUCUAUUAAAAUUCAAUUACUUUUUGACCGAUGCUCGUGGACGUACUAUAAGAGCUUAUUUGAAGAUGCCACCGCCAUCAAUUAAUGAUCCAAGACGAAAUCAGUUUGUUACUAACAUGAUAAAGCACGGUAUCAACAUUGAUGAAUACUGCUUGAUGUAUGAAAAAUGUUCGAUUCCAUUGAACAAUAAUCUUUCCAAAUUAGCAAUAGAAAUCUUUGCAAAUAGUUCGUGUUUUAUAAAUCAAUAUUCAAAGUAUCGAGAUGCACUGAAUAGUGCAAUACAGGUGCAUGUUGAUAACUCUACGAUUCGCGAAACCAGCACAGGAAGUUUUAUAAUACUAAAUGAAGAUGCGUUUACUCUUCAAUUCCAUGAUAUUAAAAAUUUGGUUGCCAGUUCACACAGACAACAAACGACAAAUCCAUCACAGUUGGCUAUAGAGAUAAAUCGCACAUCUGAAUUAACAGUACCACGUCAAGGAAUAACAUCAAUUGAAGUAAACGAAUUUCCUGAAGCCAUCGAGGAGAAUGCUGUGGUACAACAUCUUCAAAACAUCGAUAUGACUCAAGCGUCUCUCUUCGAACAGAAUAUUUCUUCCGAGAACGUUCUCAACUCAUCAGUCAUGUCAUGUGAGCAAACGAAUGAUAUUGAAAUUGAUAAUUCUCAUGCAUUUACUCAACGAACCAUUAAAGAAACAACGAAUACAUACGCAGAUCCAUUUGAACAUGCAGUAAAGAAAGUUAUGAGAAGCAUAAUGACUGGAAAUUCUGUUCUCUAUACGAAAACUGAUUUAACUUAA